CCCUCGCCACCCGGCGGAGGGGAAGAGGGAGAGGGGAGAGGGGUCUCUUUCCUCCUGGUCUCGUCUGCUUCUGCAACUUUUGAAACCGCCUCUCGUGUUGAGUUGUCUCAACGUUCAUCUCUCUUCUUUCUCCUCGUCCUAUCUGAUCAGUCUCCAGUGGAGGAAGGGGGAGAAGAAGAAAAAGACAGCAAAUUACCCACACAUACAGUGAGAGAGGGAGAAGAUGUCUAUCCAUGUCUGAGACUGAGAGACUGCCAUUUUUGCAGGGCUGUUUGCUGCUUUCCUCUGUUCUGCAGGUUCACAGCUCCAACCCAGUGUGUAGAAGGAGAACAAGAAGAGGGAACACAAAUGGGCAAUUGCUUGAACUACCAGGCUGCUGCGUCCUCCGGAUCAGUUGAAGUACUUACCCCGGCAAGCAGCCUCUUCUUCACUCCUACGAGUACCACAACCUCCAUCGAUAGUGGAAAUGGCAGGUCUACUCCAAGGUCCGAAGCUGAAAUACUGGCAUCCCCUUACCUGAAGGUCUUCAAGUUCGACAGGCUGAGGGUCGCCACUCAGGACUUCCACAUUGAUGGCCUUCUUGGAGAAGGAGGAUUUGGGUGCGUCUUUAAAGGGUGGCUCCAUCAGUUGACCCUUCGUGCUACGAAACCCGGGAAAGGUAUGGCUGUUGCUGUCAAGAAGCUUGUACCCCAUGGAACUCAAGGUCAUGAGGAGUGGCUUUCUGAAGUAAACUACCUCGGACAACUUCAUCACCCGAACCUUGUCAAGCUCAUUGGCUACUGUCAGGAAGGAGAGCACCGGCUUUUGGUCUACGAGUACAUGCCUAGAGGCAGCCUCGAGAGUCAUCUUUUUGGAACCUGGCCACAACCGCUUCCCUGGGGAGUAAGGGUGAAAGUAGCGAUCGGUGCUGCUCGUGGGCUCGCCUUCCUGCAUGAAUCUGAACAACCAGUCAUAUACCGUGAUUUCAAGGCUUCUAACAUCCUGUUAGAUAUGGAUUUUAAUGCGAAACUAUCUGACUUUGGGUUGGCGAGGGCUGGCCCUACCGGAGAUCAGACUCAUGUAUCGACCCGAGUAAUGGGUACUCAAGGCUAUGCUGCUCCGGAGUAUAUCCAAACAGGGCGUCUGACAACGAAGUGCGAUGUCUUCAGCUUCGGAGUUGUGCUCUUGGAACUGCUGUCAGGCCGUCGAGCAAUAGACGGGACUAAGGUUGGGAUUGAAAGGAACCUCUUGGCUUGGGCCAGGCUCUAUAUCUCCAGCACCCGGAGGCUCUUCCGAAUUGUGGAUCCUAGACUGCAUGGUAGGUUCUCUCAGAAGGGAGCCUACAUGAUGGCGCUUCUUGCGAUGCAGUGCGUGGGAGAGGCAAGCCAAAGGCCUUCUAUGAGCGAGGUGGUGGUGAUCCUCGAGAGGCUUAGCGUCCCCACUGACAAGUACAAGUGAUGGGGACCUUACCCGGGCUCAAGCUCAGAGUUGAAGUCUCCUGCCUCGAGUUCGACGCAGAACUCUCCUUCGCCUGUUAAUUCGACUGCUCCCAUGGGAUCUCCACUAGAAAUGGCAGCAGCACUCCCCAUGAGAUCUCCUCUCCGGCGUUGAUGAACUCUCCAUCUUCCAUACUCUUUGCUGCCGACAAAGUCCAGUGCGGCAUUUUCAUAUUAAAUUGCAAACCAUCCAGCAUGAUAAUUGGUUUUUGAUGUGCUUAUUACCGUCAAAACAGUACUCUAGUCUUGUGAUUAUCUCGCAAACUUAGGACCGUGUUUUAAGUCGAUGUCUGCGCGCAACUAGUCCUAGU